AUGAAGUCUAACUAUGUGAAAAUAAGAGAAACAGAGUCUAAAAAUGUUCAAUUACCCGUGGUGAUGACAAUUGCUGGUAGUGAUUCUUCAGGUGGGGCAGGUAUUGAAGCUGAUUUAAAAACAUUUAGUGCAUUUGGGGUUUAUGGCAUGACAUGUAUUGCAGCAUUAACAGCUCAAAAUACAAUGGGAGUUAAAACUUUUGAAAAAACGUCAUCUAACUUGUUAGACCAAAUUUUGAAAGCUAAUUUGGAGGACUUCUAUGAUAAUAAUGGACCUUUAAGAGUUAUCAAAACUGGGAUGUUAACCAAAGAAGCAAUACAAGAAAUAACUAAAUAUGACUUGAAAAAUGUCAAGUUUGUUAUCGAUCCAGUUAUGGUUAGUACAUCAGGCAGUAAAUUGUUUGACUUGGAGGGUAUUAAAUUUUGUGUUGACAAAUUAAUGCAAAACUCAUUCUUGGUUACUCCAAAUUUUAUUGAAGCUAAAACUUUAUAUACUAUUUUCGAAAAUGAAAAGGAAAUCACCAACUUGGAAGAAUUUAAAUUAUUUGUGGUUGAAUUACAGAAAGUUUUGAAAUGUGAAAAUUUAUUAGUCAAAGGUGGUCAUGUACCAUUUGAUGAUGAUGAUAAAGUUUCAGAUAACGGUAAAAGAAUCAUUGAUAUACUUUAUCAAAGUGCAAAUGAUCAAUUAACAGUGUUUGAAUCCAACUACAUCAAUUCGGAAAAUACUCAUGGUACUGGUUGCACUUUAUCAUCAGCAAUUGCUGCAAAUAUUGCCAAAGGUAAAAAUCUUGUUGAAUCAGUUGGUAUUUCAAUAGACUAUAUACAUAAUGGAAUGUUACAAAUGUCGAAGUUGGGACAUGGAAAUGGUCCUUUGAAUCAUAAUAUAAAACCUGCUGAUCAUUUACAUCAAGUUGUGGAAUAUAAAAAUGGAGACAUCAUAACGUUUGAUGAAAAUCACACAUUCUUGGACUACUUGAAAAACCAUCCAACGGUGAAGGAAAAUUGGAAAAAAUAUACUGAACAUCCAUUUGUGAAGCAAGUUGCAGAAAAUUCAUUACAAUUUGAUAAAUUUUUAUAUUACCUAAAACAAGAUUAUCAUUAUUUAAUUAUCUACGCUAGAAUGCAUGGAUUAUCGGCAUCUAAAGCUGAAACAUAUCAACAAACUCAUGCACAAGCAACAAUCAUCAGCGAAAUUGUUACAGAAAUUGAAAAUCAUAAAAGGAAACUAAAAGCAUAUGAUGUCGAUUAUGAUAGAGAUAUAGAUGAUUUAAAACCAGGUAAAGCAUGUAUUGAAUAUUGUGAUUACCUUAUCAAUUGUGGAAUGAAUGAAGAUUAUUUAGGUAUUAAAACAGCAUUAGCUCCUUGUUUACAUGGCUAUGCCGAAGCAGGAGAUUAUGGAAUAGCUCAAUUAAAUUUACAAGAAAACCUCAAAAAAAUUGAACAUCAAAAAGUUUAUGAAUCUUGGCUUAAAGAAUAUACUUCAGACUGGUAUAAAAAAGCUGACAAAGAAGGUGCUUUAGCUUUAAAUCUGCUUGUUGGUAAUGGAAUCACUCGAAAGCGUGCAGAUGAAUUGGUCAAAAUUUUCAAUGAUGUUACUUUAUUAGAGAUAAACUUUUGGUCAGAAGUAUUAAAUUUAUGA